CAGUAACGUUUCUCUAGUUUGUCGCGGGAACCAGUCAUGGCUGCAUGUUCUCUGUUGAUGACAUAAACACACCGUCGUCGGCGCUCCUGAUGAACGUUUGCUUCUGUGCAGUGUAGUGGCGGCGGCAUUAAGUUCGAGUGUGGUGUUUUGAAGAAGAGUAUAAAUUGUGGUUCGAUGUCAGUGAGAAUUCUCCCACCGUUGUGAGGUGCUGAAUUUUAUAACGGAAAAUUAGCGUUCCGUUUAAAUUGUAUGAUACGUACUGGUUGCUCGUGAAUACAUGUUUUCAUGUUAUUGUAAAUAACAAUUGUUAAGUAUAGAGCUGUGUUGUAUUCGGUUAAAACUUGCUUGUUAUUGACUAUUUUUAAUAUAUCCGGGAGACUUUGAAUACUUUUGUGGCAAUGUCGAAGUUUAACCUACCCAGCGGCAUCAUUUUGAGCUGUGAUCAAAAUGGGCUUUUGACUGUUGCUGAAGAACAUUUGGAAAACCUUAUGAAGAAGGACCCUCUUUCAAACAUUUACAUCGUGGAACAUACACCCUUCGCAAGGGGCAAGUUCGCGGCCGUGCGCAAAUGCACACACCGCGAGACGGGGGUUGAAUAUGCCGCCAAAUUCAUCCGCAAGCGGCGCCGCGCCAUGGACCAGCGGGCAGACAUCCUCCACGAGCCGCAAAAUCUGUUAUUAACUGGAAACUACCCUGAUUGUGAUGUAAAAUUGUGUGACUUUGGUAUAUCCAGGGUCAUUCAGAAUGGUGUAGAAGUUCGUGAAAUUCUUGGAACUCCUGAUUAUGUUGGUCUGUUGGUGUUUUGGCUUAUGUAUUGGUAUCAGGAUUCUCCCCAUUUGGAGGUGAUUCAAAACAAGAAACAUUUUUAAACAUUUCAAAAUGUAAACUUGAUUUCCCAGAAGAAUUGUUCCAAAACGUUUCUAAGGAAGCCCAGGAUUUUAUUCGUGCCACUCUCCAUAUUGAUCCUAGGAAACGCCCUUCGAUUGAAAAUUGCCUGACUCUGUUGCGAAGAAGUUAUAGUUGCUGUUGUUCAUGAAGAUGACAAGGAAAGCAAUGGUUUCCCAGAAAAUACCAAGGUCAAUGAUGACAAUUGUCAAGAAGAGAAAAUCAAUAACAACAACAACACGUCUGAUACAAAAGAUGAGAGAGGGAGUGCUGAUUUUGGUUCUCUUGGCAUUCUGAGAAGUUUUACUCAGAAUUUUAAAGAAAAAUCUACCUCAAGGUCAGUUGGAGAAGAAAAUGGAAAUAAUGCUAAUGACGAUGUUGUUAUAAUUUCCCUCAAAGAGGAGGAAGAAAAUAUUCCUCCAUCCCUUUCGAAUAGCAAAGAAGACUUCGAAGGCAUUACCAAUGGUCACUCCAAAAACGAGAUCUCCAGUCACUUCAUUCUUAAAUCAAAUGCUAAACAUGAUUCAACUAUUGGCGCAUCAGGCACUGACAGCGAAGAAGACAAAGACUCUCCAGUCAAUAAGCGACCUAAGAACUGCCUAGCAGGCCGAAGAUCAUCCUUCCCUGUCGUGUCAUGUCUGUCUUGUGCACAGUGUGGAUCUCAGUGUUGCCAUCAUUCAGCUCCUCACUCGCCUGACUUGCGUCUGAACCAGCGACAUCACAAUGGAAUCGCCAAUUCUCCUGUUGAAAUCACACCGGACCGAAGUAUUAUUUGCUAACAGCAUGCCAAAUACAAAUAAUCAAACAAAUGAACUCAAAUAAGUUUAAGUGUCAGACUGUUACUAUUUUAAUUAUUAAUUUAUUUUGAAAAAUUUAAGAAAAAGAAGGCAUUAUUUGAAGGAUGAUGUACACAGAAAUUGCACAUGAAUGUUAGUUUAGUGUAUUUUGCAAGAACCACCGUCCAGAUUUGCAUCAGUGUGGGUGUUAUCUGGUAUAUUAACUGUAAGAAUUGAAGAUCAGUACAUUAUGUGAUCAAUUACGUAUUCACAUUAAAUGGUGAAGUGAAUAAACAGUGUAAAAUGUAUUAUAAUUUAUUACCUAUAAUGUUAACAUUGU